AGGCUCUACACUGAUAAAUGGAACAAAGAGAAGACCAGCAUCCAUGUUAUGCCAGAUACUCCAGAAAUUCUGCAGUCUAGAGUAAACCAGAUCACGAUGAGUAACAAACUAUACAAAGCUGGCUGGGAGGAAGACAGGAAGAAAGGUUAUGACAUGCAGCCGGACGCUAUUCCAAUAAGAGCAGCCAAAGCCUCCAGAGACAUUGCAAGUGAUUAUAAAUACAAACUAGCCUAUGAAAAAGAGAAAGGAAAACAUAUUGGGUUCCGCAGCCUUGAAGACGACCCCAAGCUGGUGCACUUCAUGCAGGUGGCUAAGAUGCAGUCUGACCGUGAAUACAAAAAAGAUUACGAGAAGGCAAAGACCAAUUUCCAUACUCCAGUUGACAUGGUCAGUGUUGUGGCAGCCAAGAAAGCCCAGGAAGUGGCCACAAACGCAAACUACAAAAACUUGAUCCAUACCUACAAUGUUUUGCCCGACGCUAUGAGUCUUGAAUUGGCCAAAAACAUGAUGCAGAUACAAAGUGAUAAUCAGUACAGGGCAGAAUAUGAUGAAAGUAUGAAGGGUGUUGGAUGGAUGCCACUGGGCUCCCUGGAAGCUGAGAAGAACAAAAAAGCAAUGGAAAUUGUGAGUGAAAAGAAGUAUCGCCAGCAUCCAGACAAGUUGAAGUAUUCUGUUCCUAUGGAUUCCAUGAACAUGGUCUUAGCUUUAAAUAAUGCUAAAAUCAUGGAUGAGCACAAGUACAAACAAGCGUGGGAAGAAGACAAAAAGAAAGUUCACAUCAUGCCAGAUAUUCCGCAGAUUGCUUUAGCAAAAGCUAAUGCAUUUAAUUUGAGUGAUAAAAUGUACAGACUUUCAUUUGAAGAAUCUAGGAAGAAAGGAUAUGAUCUCCGAGCUGAUGCUAUCCCUAUUAAAGCUGCCAAAGCUUCUAGGGAUAUUGCUAGUGAUUAUAAAUACAAAUUAGGUUAUGAACAAGACAAGGGAAAACUUGUAGGCUUCCGCAGCCUUCAGGACGAUCCCAAACUUGUCCAUUAUAUGCAAGUGGCGAAGAUGCAGUCGGAUCGUGAGUACAAGAAAGCUUAUGAGACGAGCAAGACGCAUUACCAAACGCCUUCGGAUGCACUCAGCAUCGUGGCAGCUAAGGAGGCGCAAGAUCGUGUAACCAACACAAACUACAAACGACUGAUUCACCAGUACAUGCUUCUACCAGAUGCAAUGAGUUUAGAACUGUACAGAAACAUGAAUCAGAUACAAAGUGACAACGAGUACAAGCAGGAUUACAAUGAGUGGUUCAAAGGGAUCGGUUGGAGUCCUGCUGGUUCUCUGGAUGUGGAGAAGUCUAAGAAAGCCACAGAAAUUGCAAGUGAUCGGAAAUACCGCCAGCAUCCCAGCAUGUUCCCCUUUACAAAACAGAAUGAUGCCAUGGACAUGGUCCUUGCGAAGCAGAAUGCAAAUAUAAUGAACAAACAUGCUUAUACUCAGGCUUGGGAGAAGGAUAAAACUCAGGUUCAUGUGAUGCCAGAUACGCCAGAUAUUCUACAGGCAAAACAGAACAAAGUGAACUACAGUCAGAAACUAUACAAGCUUGGCUGGGAGGAAAUGAUAAAGAAAGGCUAUGACCUCACACCUGAAGCCAUUUCAGUGAAAGCUGCUAAAUCUUCAAGGGACAUUGCAAGUGACUACAAGUACAAAGAAGGUUACCGCAAGCAGCAGGGACAUCACAUUGGAUUCCGCAGCUUACAGGAUGAUCCUAAGAUGUUGUGGUCUAUGCAAGUAGCCAAGAUGCAGAGUGACAGGGAGUACAAGAAAGAUUUUGAGAAGUGGAAGACAAAGUUCAAUAUGCCUGUGGAUAUGUUAGGCUUCCUUCUGGCUAAGAAAUGCCAGGAAUUGGUUAGUGAUGUAGACUACAAACGGAUGCUGCACCGCUGGACGUGUCUGCCAGACCAGAAUGAUGUCACCCAGGCAAAGAGGGUCUACGAGCUACAGAGUGAUAAUCUGUAUAAGUCAGAUCUACAGUGGCUCAGGGGUCUUGGAUGGAGUCCUUUGGGAUCUUUGGAAUCUGAAAAGAACAAGAAAGCUUCUGAAAUCCUGAGUGAAAAGAAGUACCGGCAGCACCCAGAUACUAUUAAGUUCACAAGUAUCCCAGAUGCCAUGGAUAUCGUUUUAGCAAAAUCUAAUGCCAAAAAUAGAAGUGAUAUACUGUAUAGAGAAGCUUGGGACAAGGACAAGACUCAGGUUCACAUCAUGCCUGAUACUCCUGAAAUUUUGCUGGCUAAGUCGAACUUAAUUAACACAAGUGAUUACCAGUACAAAACUGCGUACCGCAAGCAACUCGGCCACCACAUCGGGGCCCGUAACAUAGAGGAUGAUCCAAAGAUGGUGUGGUCAAUGCACGUAGCCAAGAUCCAGAGUGACAGAGAGUACAAGAAAGCCUUUGAGAAGUCCAAGACCCACUUCAGUAGCCCAGUGGACAUGCUGGGAAUCGUGUUGGCCAAGAAAUGCCAGGAGUUGGUCAGUGACAUUGAUUACAAGCACCCUCUGCAUCGGUGGACCUGUCUGCCAGACCAGAACGAUGUUGUACAAGCCAGGAAAGUGUACGACCUUCAGAGUGAC